UUUCAGUCGGCAACAAACUGCCAACAAACGCCACUUCAGUGCCUUCGAGACAGUGUUGUCAUUUGCCUUAUUGUUUAUCACGUUCGUUGUACGAUGUCGUCUGGCGGCUGGAAAGUAGUUGGAAAAAAUAAAAAAGAUCGCUCUAAUGGAAAGCCAACUAAAUUGACGAAGGCCGAGAAGAAGAAAUUUAUCGAAAACGCGCCAAAAGUCGAAGAUUUCCGUAAGACAACAUUUAACCUAAUUCCACUAAGUCAAGUGAAAACUUUGUACGACAAUUUGGAUAGCAAUAAGGAAAAUAAAAAACCAGCAAAGGAGAAGGACAAUAAAACAAAGGAGAAUGAAGAAAAAAAGAGGCAACAAAAACAGCAACAACAACAACAACAGGCAGAAAAAAAAAAGCAAGAACCCAAGGAGAAACCACCAAAGACGAUAAAAGAUGCACUUAAUGCGAUAAAUGUAGAUGAUUUCUCAAAUAUCUUAACUACUGGUAGACUCCAAUAUCCAGAAGCUCCACUAAUAUGGUUAAAGAAUCUCGUUGCAUAUCUUAAUAUAAAGAUACCAAUUGAGAAAGAAGAUGCCAUAUUUUCUGGAAAACCUAAAGAUUAUCCAUUAUGUAUCGUACCAAAAUCAAUAUCAUCUACCAUGGAAAGAGCCGUUACAAUGGCGGGUCAACAAACCGCUCAACUUUUUUAUGAAAUUACUUUGACUACUAUGGCUACAGAUAUGGCCAAAGGAACGGCUGUUGUGGGUCAUAAAAUAUUUUUGCAACUAUUGGCACGUGUGAAUCCAGAAAUGACUAUAGCAAACAUUUCUAAACUAAUCAGUGUAAGAAACUCUUAUCAAAAUAGAAAAGCCAUAGGUUUAUCCUUACUUUGGGCACUAUCACAAGCUGGCGAAAAAGACUUGGCUAUUGGUUUAAAAGUAUGGCAUGAAGUAAUGUCUCCUCUAUUGAUAACAAAAAGUUAUGCCAACUAUGUUGUACAAAUACUAAAUGAUCUUGUCUUUGGUAAUGAGGAUGUACAAGAUUUGAAUCCAGAUCUUUAUUUAAAUAUAAUCGAAGAUACUUAUUUUGGAAAAUUUAACAUUCCUCUUACUGUAGGAAAGGAAAUAGAUAUUAGUAUUGAAAAAUUGAGAUCAAUAUUGUUCAAAAAUAAAAGUAUAAAUUAUUCCAAAUUCUUUGAAAUACUGAUUGGUAAAAUCAACCAGAAAAUAACUCAAAGCUAUAGAGAUGAAUUAGUAAAAGCACUUGCAGCUUGUAUUAUUACAGAUGUCCAUUGCCUUUCUACUUGGAGAUCUCUUUAUCCAAAGAAUCUAUAUCAAUCUAAUCUUCUUUUAACAUAUAUUGAUAACAGAUGGGAUUCUUUAUAUUCAAAUCUGAAAACAAAAUCUUUCAAAGAAACUCUUUUAUUCUUCCAAAAUACUAAUGAGAAAUGGAAAAGAGGGAAAGAAGAAAGCCUUGCUCAUUCUUGUACUAAAAUAUGCAAAGCAAUAUUAAAGAAAAUGACUGCUUCCACUGAUAGAAAGUUCCCUUGGAAAAGAGGAAGUAUACUUCUGUUAUUACUUAUUGGUACUAUUUUAAUUUAUGACUGUCAAAAACAUGGUAGUUUUGAAGCUUCGAAUACAGGAAAAUUAUUAAAAAAUAGUGGAAUAACUGCACAAGCUUUGAAAAUCUGGUCGAUGACCGAAGUGUAUACUAGUAAAAUAACUAAAACUAUAGAAGAUAGUUCACCAGAAUAUUAUAAAGCUGCUGUUAACUUCUCUACACCGUAUAUCAAAUUAGGAAAAGAUUUAUAUAUUGUGACAAGGAACCUUUCUAUACGAUUAUAUAAUAAUGCAGCAGCACAUGUAGAGAAACAUGGCCCUAUGGUACAUGAAACAAUCGAGCAUUAUUUUCCGGGAAUGAUAGAACAAAUUCAAAAGCAAAGUAUUCAAGGAUUUCAACUUGCUAAAAAUUAUUCAAUAAUAGCAGGAGAGAAACUUAUUGAAACCUUCGAUUUUGCAAGUCAUUGGUUACGAACAAAUGUUUUUGUUGGUGACCUCAGUCCAGAAAAUCUGCAGAAUUAUGCCAAUCGAGCUAUAGAUGUGACACAGACAUAUGCUAGUCAAACUUAUCAUUGGGUAUAUGAAAAAAUGCAGUCACUUUCUAAAGUUUCAUGAACAAACUGAAUUCUUUACUUUCCAACUGAUUUCAUUGUUAAUGAAAUUACCUCUAUCUCUGCAUUUAUUUGUUAAGAUGUGAAAAGGUUGCAUAGUUUCAAUGAUCAUGUCAUGACGGCCAUCGUACCUGUGAUAUUCCAAAAAUAUAUCUUGUCCAAUUUUGGCAUUUAAAAUAUUUCAUAAUGUUUUAAAUUAGUACGACGAAGAUUCUGCG